AUGGCAACCUUCCACUAUCUUCGAAAUUUUAUUCUUACUACUUCCUUCUCUAUUCUUUCUAUUGAUGCAUCCCCUUUACUACAAAAGAGAACUGGUCGAACUAGCCCACCAAAUGGGUGCUUGGCCGUCAGAGAAAGUGGUACUCUUUCCGGCGAAUAUAGCACAGUUGGAGCUGCGUUGACUGCCCUGGGAUCUUCAAAUGCCGUCGCAUGUAUUUUUGUAUACAGCGGGACAUAUAACGAACAGAUUUCCAUCAGCUAUGCCGGAAAUCUUACUGUUUAUGGAUACACUACUAACACUGGAACUUAUAAGAGUAACACAGUAACAAUCACACAUGGUAUCAAUUCCACUACCAUAGGCUUAGAUGCGAGCUCUACUGCCAAAAUCUCAAGCGCCAAUUUCAAGGCAUAUAAUGUCAACUUCGCGAAUACUUAUGGAGCUGGUGUACAGGCUGUGGCCGUAACCGCUAGUGGAGAUCAGCAAGGCUAUUAUGGAUGUUCUUUCACCGGCUACCAAGAUACUCUGUAUGCCAAAACUGGCAAGCAAUAUUAUUCGAAUUGUUAUAUUGAAGGGGCCGUGGAUUAUAUAUUUGGUGACGCUGCUGCUUGGUUUGGCGAAUGUACAAUCGCCUCGAAUGGAGGUGGUGCAAUCACAGCGAGCUCCAGAACACUUGCCACUGAUACCAGCUGGUAUGUUAUCGACAGCGGCACUAUCACCCAAGCAUCUGGGUUUAGCCUGACAGGCAAAGUAUAUCUCGGCCGACCAUGGCGAGGUCUGGCUCGUGUGAUAUUCCAAAAUUCUGCAUUGACAGCAGUGGUUAAUGCAGCUGGAUGGACUACUCUUGCUGCUGAUGCUACACCCAUCUUUGAGGAAUAUGCGAAUACGGGAGAUGGUGCAAGUACAUCUGCGAGGAUCUAUGAAACUGUUGCUACAGGGGCAGUUAGCAAGACCACAUUGUGGGGGGGCAAUUGGGCUUCUUGGAUUGAUACUUCGUAUUAA